CGCGGCAGCCUCGCUGAAUCAACAAAAAAAAGUUUCGCGUUCGAGAGUACUCAAUCACGAAAAAAUCAGACAGAAUUUCUCUGCGCUAUCUCUUUGACAACGGAAUUGACUACUGAGGCGACAAAAAUAUCCCAUUCUCUUGCAUCCACACAAGCCAGUGCCGUCGCCCACUGAGCCACUUGGAACUUAAUUUCAUACAUAGAAAUCAGGCAAAAGUAUCUGCUGGUCUCGCCCGAUAUGCCUUCCUCACAAGGUUUCGUCGUUCAGUUCAUCAACAGGCAUCAGAUCGCCAUUACACGAAACUUGUUGGCCGUUCUAUAUCUCGGGGAUUUGCUUGGUUCUCGGCUCUCUCUGUCAUUCCACAAAUGUGCGUCCAAGUUUUUGCAUUUACAAUAUCUUAGCGAUCGUCUAGAGGGAACUAGCUACUAUGAUAUCGGCAUCAACGACUGCUACCACGUUGUCUAUUGGGUAGUCUUACUCACAUUCAUGCGGGCAGUUUUGAUGCAAUAUCUAUUCGACCCCAUUGCCAAACACUUUUUUCUGGUGCUGUCCCACAAGGCUCGGGUGCGGUUUGCUGAACAGAGCUGGUCGGUCGUCUACUAUUGUUUUUCCUUUGCCUUCGGUCUCUAUCUUUACUACCAUUCACCGUAUUGGAACAACAUUGACAACAUCUUCAUUGGCUGGCCCCACUACAAAAUGACCGCUCUCUUCAAGAAAUACUAUCUCAUAUCGAUCGGCUUCUGGCUACAUCAAUUAGUUGCAUUGAACAUUGAAGAGAGAAGGAAGGAUUUUGUGCAGAUGUUCUUCCACCAUAUUGUCACCUGCUCGUUGGUCAUUGGCUCGUAUUACUAUUACUUCAACCGCAUCGGCAAUUUGAUUCUCAUGAUCAUGGACUCAGUGGACAUUCUCUUGUCCACGGCAAAAAUCUUGAAAUACUCCAGCUACACACGUGCAUGCGACGCCAUGUUUGGUCUUUUCGUGGUGGCAUGGGUCGCCUUGAGGCACGGCGUCUAUAAUUACCUUUUCUACAUUUCCUGGCACAGAUCCACCGAACUAAUGCUGGCAAGCGAGUGCAUUACAGGCAUGCUUCAGAAACGAUGCUGGAACUCAUACGUGAUUAACGGGUUUUUGAGUUUGUUGGGAGGUUUGCAGAUCAUUUCGCUCGUAUGGUUAUAUAUGAUUGGGAAGGUCAUACUUCGUGUCAUCCGCGGCCAAAAUGCCGAAGACGUGAGAAGCGGGACUGAAGACACCGAUAACGAACAGGAAGACAGCCCCGCUGACACUAAAUAGAUUUUCUCAAUUGAAACCUUACGUGAAUGCUGUUU